AGAAAAUCACAUGACAGAUAUCCAUAUGUUUAGUUGUGUGGUAAAUAUUUUAAUUUAAUAUUUACUAAUGAAUUGUGCCUGUAAAACUAAAUUUCAUUAAAUGAAAUGGCACAGUUUGCCAAAAUAUGUUUCCUCUUCCUCCUAAUCGUGAUAAUAUCGUGUUUCUCGAGAGGGAAUGCUCUUGACAACAGCACUACAAACAUAAUUUCCACCACAAAUCAGACAAGCCCUGUUGUAUCUAAGGUAACAAAAGAGGAAACAACGAAGGCAACUACACAACCUUCUCCUAACAGUCAUAAAGGCAGGGAGCAUGUGAUAAGUGCUCCGGAGCAUGUGAUAAGUGCUCCAGUGAAAACAUUAAAUGUAACAAGUGUGAACACUACUUCAGAAGUAGUUGUAUCUAAAAAUGUUUCUCAACCGUUAAACGUUACUGUAAAUACAACACCAAAAGUUAAUAACUCUUCCACACAAUUAAAAACUAAUCAUACUUCCAGUACUACCAAGGCAACUACAACAUCUACUACUAUUAAGCCAAAAAAACCUUUAUUGACUGAACAUGAUGAAGUGGUGGCAGCUCCAGCAAAACCCAACUUAGAUAUUCCUACUUUAGCUCAUAUUGAUACAACUAUGGAAAAGAAGGUGAGACGGGCAGACUAUGUAGUGCCAAUUGUAGCUGUUAUACUAUCUGUUCCACUUGUUGCUGUUAUUCUUUCUGUUUUUUAUAAAAAAGGAAAGGAUUGGUGGCAACACCGCAACUACAGGAGAAUGGACUAUUUAAUCGAAGGAAUGUACAACAGCUGAAAAUUACUCAUAUAAUUUUACCCUAGUAUAUUAGCUUAGUUUUUGUAUAUAAAUGUUGACAGAUUAUUAUGUAAUGUGCCUUUUUUAUAUGCAAUACUUUUGUGAUAUUCUUGAUAAUACAUUGUUAUAUUUUUAUAUCUUAUUCUAUUAAAAAUAAAGUAUUAUCUUUGAAAGCAA